AUGCGCCUCCCCAGGCAAUUGCCUGCCAUCGCCAUAUUGAUUCCGAACCGUUCCGUAUCUGGCGACACCUCUACAUCCAACACCCAGUCCAACUACCCGCCCCCAGGCUUCAAUGCCGACCAGGCCAAGAAACCCCUCGAGUCGCAAGACGACAAGUCCAAGCAGUCGUCCUCUUCCUCCCCGGAUGUCAACAUUCCCGUGAACAAGCCUACUGCACACGCACCCACAAAGGCCUCAGAAGAUCAGGCUCUGAAUGAGCUUGCCAGCCAGAAAGCCGACGCCGACAAGGCAGAAGAGAAGAGACUCGCAAAGAAGAAGGAGGACAGCAAGAAGCUCACUCUCAAGCAAAAGAUCAUGAAGGAGGUUCACCAUUACUGGGAUGGUACCAAGCUGUUGGCCGCCGAAGUCAAGAUCAGUUCCAAGCUGGCCUUGAAGAUGGCUGCGGGUUACGAGCUUACCCGCAGAGAACAUAGACAACUGCACCGUACUGUCCAGGAUCUCGGUCGCCUCGUUCCCUUCUCUAUGUUUGUCAUUGUGCCCUUCGCCGAGCUGCUGCUUCCAGUUGCCCUGAAGAUUUUCCCCAACAUGCUGCCUAGCACAUACGAAGGUGCAAAGUCCAAGGAAGCAAAGGCCAGCAGUCUGCGUGGUACCCGCAAGGAAGUCAGCAGCUUCCUGCGUCAGACCCUACAAGAGACUGGCCUGCCUGUGAGCGCCGCCAACGCACAAAAAGAAGAGUUCACAGAGUUCUUCCGCAAGAUUCGCACCACUGGCGAGGCUCCUAACAAGGCCGAUGUCAUUCGUGUUUGCAAAAUCUUCAAGGACGACUUGACCCUCGACAACCUUUCUCGCCCGCAACUUGUUGGUAUCUGCCGUUACAUGUCCCUGACCACUUUCGGCACCGACACCAUGCUCCGCUACCAAGUCAGACAUCGUAUGCGCCAGAUCAAGCGUGAUGACAGAGCCAUCUCUUUCGAGGGUGUUGAAUCUUUGUCUGUGCCCGAACUCCAAACUGCAUGUGCCUCGCGCGGUCUACGCACUCAUGGUGUUUCUCCCGCUAGACUCCGCGACGACUUGGGUCUUUGGCUCGAAUUGCGUCUCAAGUACGGAGUUCCAAGCACUCUUCUUGUCCUUUCCAACGCUUUCAUGUACACGCAGGGCAAGGACGUAGAGUUCGACUCGCAGAUCGAUGCCUUGCAGGCUGUCUUGGCCAGCAUUCCCGAGGAGCUAUUCCACGAGAUUGAGCUGGAAGUGCACACUGCAGAGGGAGCUGCAACCAACAAGCAGCGUCUGGAGGUUCUCCGUGAACAGCAGGAGUUGAUCGAGGACGAGAAUGAACAGAGCGAGAAGCAGAGCGAAGGCGGCAAGUCGGCUCGUGUCAGCGAUCUCGACAACAUUGACGAGAAGGAGGACGAAGCACGCCCUGAGGACGCGCUCAGACGUGAGCACGAAGCUGAGUUGCAGACUCAAGCCGGCGCUUCCACCUCUUCUACCGGAGGUCAACAGACAUCAGAGGCAAAGAGCGAGGAGAAGAAGGCUUAA